AGCGAGGGUCGAGCGGCUGGGGAAGGAAGCGAGCCUCUGAGGCGUACGGGCCGAGCGGGCAGCUGGUUGGUGCUCAGGCCCCUGCUGCGGCGGCAGGUCCCUGCACGUGUUUUCGGCAACGACAUGGAGCUGGAGGAGUUGGGAAUCCGAGAGGAAUGUGGCGUAUUCGGGUGCAUCGCCUCAGGAGAGUGGCCCACGCAGCUAGAUGUGCCGCAUGUGAUCACUCUGGGACUCGUGGGGCUGCAGCACCGGGGUCAGGAGAGUGCUGGUAUUGUGACCAGCGAUGGGAAUUCAGUACCAACAUUCAAAACACACAAGGGAAUGGGUCUUGUAAAUCAUGUCUUUACUCAAGACAAUUUGAAGAAAUUAUAUAUUUCAAACCUUGGAAUUGGACACACAAGAUACGCCACUACAGGAAACUGUGAAUUAGAAAAUUGUCAGCCCUUUGUUGUUGAAACACUUCACGGGAAAAUAGCUGUGGCACAUAAUGGCGAAUUGGUAAAUGCUGCUCAAUUAAGGAAAAAGCUUCUGCGGCACGGUAUUGGUUUGUCAACAAGUUCUGAUAGCGAAAUGAUUACCCAGUUACUGGCCUAUACCCCUCCUCAGGAACAAGAUGGCACCCCAGAUUGGGUAGCAAGGAUUAAAAACUUAAUGAAGGAAGCACCCACAGCAUACUCCCUGCUUAUAAUGCACAGAGAUGUUAUUUAUGCAGUACGAGAUCCUUAUGGAAAUCGUCCUUUAUGCAUUGGACGUCUUAUGCCUGUAUCUGAUAUAAAUGAUAAAGAGAAAAAAUCUUCAGAAAUAGAAGGAUGGGUGGUAUCUUCAGAAUCUUGUAGCUUUUUAUCAAUUGGUGCAAGAUAUUACCGUGAAGUCUUGCCUGGAGAAAUCGUGGAAAUAACCAAACGUAGUGUCCAAACUCUUGACAUUAUACCAAGGUCUGAAGGAAACCCGAUGGCUUUUUGUAUCUUUGAAUAUGUUUAUUUUGCAAGACCAGAUAGUAUAUUUGAAGACCAAAUGGUUUACACAGUAAGAUAUCGCUGUGGUCAGCAGCUCGCAAUUGAAGCCCCUGUGGAUGCAGAUUUGGUUAGCACUGUUCCAGAAUCUGCUACACCUGCUGCUCUUGGUUACGCAGGAAAGUGUGGGCUUCCAUAUGUGGAAGUGCUAUGUAAAAACCGGUAUGUAGGAAGAACCUUCAUUCAACCAAACAUGAGGUUAAGACAACUUGGUGUUGCAAAAAAAUUUGGAGUAUUGUCGGACAACUUUAAAGGCAAAAGAAUUGUUCUUGUAGAUGAUUCAAUUGUAAGAGGCAAUACCAUUUCACCCAUAAUCAAAUUGCUCAAAGAAUCUGGUGCAAAAGAGGUACACAUUAGAGUGGCUUCACCACCAAUUAGAUAUCCAUGCUUUAUGGGAAUAAACAUACCAACAAAAGAAGAGCUUAUUGCCAAUAAACCUGAAUUUGAACAUCUUGCGAAAUAUCUGGGAGCAAACAGUGUUGUAUAUCUGUCAGUGGGAGGACUGGUUUCAUCUGUACAAGAAGGGAUAAAGUUUAAAAAACAGAAAGUGGAAAAGCAGGAUAUUAUGAUUCAAGAGAAUGGGAAUGGUCUGGAAUGCUUUGAAAAGAAUGGUCAUUGUACAGCUUGUCUCACUGGAAAAUACCCUGUGGAAUUGGAGUGGUAGCUGGUAGGGACAGAUAAGAUUUUUCAAGAUAUAAAGUUGGUUAAGAAGUUUUAGUGGUGGUUAACAUCCUAUCCAUUUACUGUUGUUACUCCCUUGAAACGAUGUAAAAUGCCACAUGCUUAUGUUUACCUUUACAAGUUUUGAGAGUUCUGAAAAGAGUACCAAAGUGCUAUGCUUUCCUUAACAAUCCUAGAUAAAUACUUUGGUGUUAUCUAGGAAUUUGGAUGAUCCUUUCAGUUUUAUUUAGUAGUUUAGUACUUUGAGUCUACCACUUCCGAGGUCAUAUACAUUUAAUUUCGCAUCAGCAACAAUAAUGCAAAGAAUAGGUAAAUUUCUGUUUUAGUGAGGAUUGUCAGGCACUGUACCUUCCCACAGAUUCUUAGAGAAUUUUGUGGAAUGUUUCUUGAAAGUUAUUGAAAUUCAGUUGUGGAGUAUUUUCAUAAUUGAAACCUUGCUAAUCGUAAAUAAUACUACAACACUGGUGUUUCUUUUGUUUUUUGUUCUUUUUUUUUUUAACGCACAAGCAUCAGCUAGCCUUUUUUUACCUGGUCAGAGAAGGUGGGGUGAGUGGCAUUUGCCAGGUCCACGCUUUAAAGAGUUUGCAAGAGGUUAGACUAAGGUGGUGUGAUGUAAACAGGACAUGAGUUAAAUAUAACAUUUCAUGCAAACCUUGAAUCCAUUAUAUCCCAAAAGUGUCAGGCUCCUGGAGUUCUCAGUGUGGUUUUGACCUUGGCUUCCCUGUCUAACAAAACUUAAAACAAGAACAACAAAUACAUACCUUUUUGUGCCUCACCUUUCCCGCCUGUGCAACGGGGUACUUACAUUACUUAAAUAAUUAAUAGGAAUGUGAAAAAGUGUCAUACUUUUGGUGGUUAGAGCCAUCAUUUCACCCCUCAAUAGUGCAUGAUCAUUAGUUUUUGAAAUGUUGGCUGUUACUCUGAAAUUGAGAUUUCAUUAUGAUGAAGGGAGACAGUUUAGCAGUGCUUUGCCACCUGUCUUUGAGAUGUCUUAAAAAUGAUUCUAAAAACAUGUCUGUGGAAGGUGCUUUCCUACAUUUGAUUAUAAAGUACAUUUGAUUCAUACUACUUAGUGCCCUUAUAGUAUAAGCCCAGCAAGUAACCUAGUACAUUUGAAGUAAAAAAUUUUUAGAUUCUAACAACCCUUUUACCCUUAUUAAUUAUAUUUUCUUUUAAUGAACUGCUGCUUGAUCAUUUGCAAACAUAUACACAUAUAUAUGUAUAAAUAUAUAUACAUAGUUGGAAUUAAAUGAUCAAGUAGAAACAUUGUAGGGGCCAAUUUUGCUUAAGAAUCAAGGUGACAACUGGGGCGCCUGGGUGGCUCAGUCGUUAAGCGUCUGCCUUUGGCUCGGGUCAUGAUCCCAGGGUCCUGGG